CAUAUUCCACAGUCGACACCCAAGAGAAGAAAGGGGGUGGUGAAACUCACUUCUUCACCUCACGAGCAAUAGAUACACAUUAAUAAAUACUUAUAGAUGGUCGCAGCGGAAAACGAUGACAUCGCGUCGUGCUUGGAACUGUUUAAACCUGAGAACAUAGAACAAAAGUGCUGCGAGAUUGGGGAUUUAGAAAGUCAAGAACACUUCGAGUCCUGCAAAACCGGUGACGAAUGGGAGUGUGAAAACGCAAAAUGCGUUUUAGGCAAGUCGGACCUACUAAGCGGGGACACUCUAGACGAGAAGAAAACCAUAGACUUGCUAGAGAAGAUCAAGCAGAAACGGCCGGAAAGCAAGGCCAUGGUGGACCGAGUCCGGGCGGAGUGUCUGGACGGGAAGUACGAGGAUUAUCCGCCGAAGGAGACCUGUCCACUCAUCAGGUUCCAGAUCUGUAGCUACAUUAAUGCUCUUGUGGAGUGUGACAAAUGGAAGAAAGAUGACACCUGUAAAAAGUUUUCAGACCACGCCAAAUCUUGCAAGUCAGUGCUCGACAAACUCAAGGAAUAACUCAGCAGCGUCAAAGAAAACAACAUAAUAUUAAAAGAUAACAU